AUGCCACUGCCAUUUGGAUUGAAACUGAAACGCACCCGGCGCUACACGGUGUCCAGCAAGAGCUGCCUGGUUGCGCGGAUCCAGCUGCUCAACAACGAGUUUGUGGAAUUCACUCUGUCGGUGGAGAGCACUGGCCAGGAGAGCCUGGAGGCUGUGGCCCAAAGGCUGGAGCUGCGGGAGAUCACUUACUUCAGCCUCUGGUACUACAACAAGCAAAAUCAGCGCCGGUGGGUAGACUUGGAGAAACCCCUGAAGAAGCAGCUGGAUAAGCAGGCGUUGGAACCUACCGUCUAUUUUGGAGUGGUGUUCUAUGUGCCUUCGGUUUCCCACCUGCAGCAGGAGAUCACCAGGUAUCAGUAUUAUUUGCAGCUGAAAAAAGAUAUCUUGGAAGGAAACAUUCCUUGUACAUUAGAACAAGCAAUUCAGCUAGCAGGCUUAGCUGUUCAAGCUGAUUUUGGUGACUUUGAUCAGUAUGAAUCCCAGGACUUUCUUCAGAAGUUUGCCUUAUUUCCUGUGGGGUGGUUACAAGAUGAGAAAGUAUUGGAAGAAGCAACCCAAAAAGUGGCCUUACUACAUCAGAAAUACAGAGGGCUCCCAGCUCCUGAUGCUGAAAUGCUGUACAUGCAGGAGGUGGAAAGAAUGGAUGGGUACGGAGAAGAGAGCUACCCUGCGAAGGACAGCCAAGGAAGUGACAUCUCCAUCUGCGCGUGUCUGGAAGGCAUCUUCGUGAAGCACAAGAAUGGAAGGCCCCCGGCAACAUUUAGGUGGUCUGACAUUGCCAACGUGUCGCAUAACAAGUCCUUCUUUGCUUUAGAGCUGGCAAGUAAAGAGGAGACCAUCCAGUUUCAAACUGAAGACAUGGAAACAGCAAAAUAUAUGUGGAGACUCUGUGUUGCACGACACAAAUUUUACAGACUAAACCAGUGUACCCUGCAAACUCAGACCGUCACAGUGAACCCAAUUAGAAGAAGAUCUUCUUCAAGGAUAUCUCUGCCUAAACCCCAGCCCUAUGUGAUGCCUCCUCCACCCCAGCUGCAUUACAAUGGACAUUUUACAGAACCAUACACUUCUUCCCAAGAUAACCUCUUUGUGACGAACCAGAAUGGAUACUAUUGUCACUCUCAGACAAGUCUGGAUAGAGCCCAGAUUGACCUCAAUGGUCGGAUCCGUAAUGGUAGUGUCUACAGUGCACACAGCACUAACUCCUUAAAUAAUCUCCAGCCCUACUUGCAGCCCUCCCCUAUGUCCUCUAACCCAAGUAUUACUGGAAGUGACGUCAUGAGACCUGAUUACGUCCCGUCACAUCGGCACAGCGCCCUGAUACCCCCGUCUUACCGCCCCACCCCGGAUUACGAGACGGUGAUGAAGCAGCUCAACAGAGGGAUGAUGCACACAGAAAGGCAGAGUCACUCGCUGCGAAACCUCAACAUUGGCAGUUCGUACGCGUACAGCAGGCCCGAUGCCCUGGUCUACAGCCAGCCUGAAAUUCGGGAGCAUGCACAGUUCACUUCUCCCCAGUCGGCCCACUACCCGUUCAACUUGAACUACAGUUUCCACAGCCAGGCUCCCUACCCCUACCCUGCUGAGAGGAGGCCUGUGGUGGGGGCAGUCAGUGUGCCUGAGCUGACCAACGUGCAGCUGCAGGCCCAGGAUUACCCGACUCCAAACAUCAUGAAAACACAGGUGUAUCGCCCGCCCCCUCCUUACCAGUACCCCCGGCCUGCCAACAGUACCCCAGACCUGUCUCGCCACCUCUACAUCAGCAGUAGCAACCCGGACCUCAUCACGAGGCGAGUCCAUCACUCAGUGCAGACGUUCCAGGAGGACAGCUUGCCGGUGGCUCACUCUCUCCAGGAGGUCAGUGAGCCUCUCACCUCGGCCCGCCACGGUCAGUUACACAAGAGGAACAGCAUAGAAAUCGCAGGGCUGACCCACAGCUUUGAGGGCAUGAGGCUUAAGGAGAGGACCAUGUCGGCCUCGGCGGCAGAUGUGGGGCCGCGGACUGUCUCAGCAGGCUCCCAGCCCAAUGUUUUCACUGAAAGAACAAAACCAGAAGACACUGAUGAGCAGGCAAGCCUGAGAUAUGGUCAUAAAAAGUCCCUUUCAGACGCUACUAUGCUGAUACACAGCAGUGAAGAAGAGGACGAUUUUGAAGAGGAAAACAAAACAUGUGCAACACUCUCUCCAUGUGCACACGGGCUCCGACAGCUUCCGCCUGCUGUGGGCACCUGCUCCCAAGAGCCACAGUUGAGUUACUCCUGCAGUUCCAUCACUCCAGUAAUGGGCCCUCUGCAUAUUCUCGAGCCCAAGUCCCAUGUCACAGAAUCUGAGAAGAGGGUGAGGGAUGUCAGUCCAGUUCACCUGAUGGUUGAAGCCCAGCGGCCCAGGAGAGACGGGCUGCUGACACCCUCUAUGUCAGAGUCUGACCUCACGACCUCAGGAAGGUACCGAGUGAGAAGAGAUUCUCUGAAGAAAAGGCCUGUGUCCGAUCUCCUCUCGGGAAAGAAGAACAUCGUGGAGGGACUUCCGCCAUUAGGGGGAAUGAAAAAGAGUCGCGUCGAUGCAAAAAAACUUGGUCCACUGAAGUUGGCCGCUCUCAAUGGACUCUCUCUGUCUCGAUUACCUUUACCUGAUGAAGGAAAGGAAGUGGUUACCAGAGCAACCAAUGAUGAGAGGUGUAAAAUUUUGGAACAGCGGUUAGAACAGGGAAUGGUAUUCACAGAAUAUGAAAGAAUUCUUAAAAAACGGCUAGUGGAUGGGGAAUGCUCAACGGCACGGCUCCCUGAAAAUGCGGAAAGAAACCGAUUCCAAGAUGUCCUUCCAUACGACGAUGCCAGAGUGGAGCUGGUCCCAACUAAAGAAAACAAUACUGGUUACAUCAAUGCGUCACAUAUUAAGGUCUCUGUCAGUGGAAUCGAGUGGGACUACAUUGCCACGCAGGGGCCCCUACAGAACACGUGUCAGGAUUUUUGGCAGAUGGUGUGGGAGCAGGGAGUUGCCAUCAUAGCAAUGGUGACAGCAGAGGAGGAGGGUGGAAGAGAGAAGAGCUUCAGGUACUGGCCACGGCUUGGUUCCAGGCACAACACCGUCACCUAUGGGAGGUUUAAGAUCACCACCCGGUUCCGCACAGACUCUGGCUGCUAUGCCACCACGGGCUUGAAGAUGAAGCACCUUCUCACGGGGCAGGAGAGGACAGUGUGGCAUCUCCAGUACACAGACUGGCCUGAGCAUGGCUGUCCCGAGGACCUCAAGGGAUUUUUAUCAUACCUUGAAGAGAUCCAGUCUGUCCGACGCCAUACAAAUAGUACAGGUGAACCCAAAAGCCCCAGCCCUCCGUUACUGGUCCACUGCAGUGCUGGAGUAGGGAGGACUGGUGUCGUCAUUUUGGCCGAGAUAAUGAUUGCCUGCCUGGAACACAAUGAGGUGCUGGACAUGCCCAGAGUGCUGGACAGGCUGCGGGGGCAGAGGAUGAUGAUGGUGCAGACCCUCUGCCAGUACACGUUUGUGUACAGAGUCCUCAUUCAGUUCCUGAAGAGCUCCAGGCUCAUCUGA